AUGGAGGUUAGAGUCGAUAAGAGGGUAGAGAACACAAGGACUGCAGUCAAUGUCCGGCCGCCCAGAUAUCGGACGCUUUACGCGUGUGAGGGCUCAUCCCUGGAGAUCGUGUGCGAAGAGGGAACUCAUAUCAACCUAAUCCGAGCCAAUUUCGGCAGGUUCUCCAUCUCCGUGUGCAAUGACAACGGAAACGUCGACUGGAGUGUCGACUGUAUGUCUCACCGAUCGUUUCGAGUGAUGCAGGAAAGCUGUGGUAUGAAGAGGUCGUGCAAACUGCCGGCGUCUGCCAACGUGUUCGGUGACCCCUGUUUGGGGACUUUGAAGUAUUUGGAGGCACACUAUCAGUGUAUGCCUGAUUACCCGCAACUGCCGUACUCCACACCCCGUCCUAACUAUUCAUUUAAGAAUCCAUUAAUACCUUCGUAUGAGUCCAACGAUCGUAACCACAACGCCGAGAGCACCGGGUCGUCGCCUAAUCCCAGAAUUAUAUUUCCGGAAUCGUAUAAUCCGUCGCAAAUCAUGCCAUUCCCUGCCAUUGAAAUGGAUUCAAAGGAAUCAUUCGUUAGCGAAACGGCGUCUAAGAAGACAAUAGAGACGAGCGAUAACUCGCAGCCAUUUGAUGGCUAUCCCCGGCUUAAUGAGAACGACAUCCCACCGCCCGUUAAUCCACCGGUGAUUUCGGAUAACGAAACGCCAGUUAUUAACUCAGAAAACGACAAAACAGUGAUAACUAGUGACCAGAAUAAAGAUGACAACAACGCCCGUCAGUACUACUCGUCCACACCAGAGACCAAAUGGAUUAGCGGUGAUUCCGAUAGGGAUUCAAUCAAUACUAAUAAACACAACAAUAAUAAUGAGAACAUUGAAAGUAAUGGCAAUUCCGAUAAUAACGACAACAUUAUAAUGCAUGAGAACAACGAAAGGGCGGUCGACCUAACCCUCGAUCACUGUCAGCCCAGCUUUUCAAGAGGUCUUUCCUGGAACUGGACUCUUGUGGGACACACAGCCAACCAGUCUUGUCCGGGAGGGGCCAAAGGACUGGUCCGCUGGUCGUGUGUCUACUCUAAUGGAAAGCCACAUUGGACUCCAUUAAUGGCCGAUAUGUCCGACUGUUCAUCACUUUGGAUCUCACAUCUCGAGACUCGUGUCAACUCUAACGCAGAAUCUGUGGUCUCAUUAGCCGAUGAAUUGGCCAAAAGUUGCAAAGAGAAGACACUCUUUAGUGGAGACCUGUUUAGAGCCACAGAUAUUAUCAACCAAUUGGUGAUGAGAACAGAGGCCGCCAUAUAUGAGACAUACGAUGAAAACCAAAGACAUCAUGUCGUCAGAGAAAUGCUUAAUUCAUUCGUAGAGCUAUCUGUUCAGGACAUCGUAAGCAGUCUAUUAGAUGAUAACCAAAUGGAGUCGUGGAAUGAACUGUCAACUAAUGACCAAAAAACUGCCAUCAAUUCAAUGUUGAACUCAUUGGAGAGAAUGGCAUUACUGAUGGCCGACACUAAACAGCAAACCAUUGUUUCGAUUCACAUCCGAUCGAUAGCCUCAUUGUCUUAUGGCUUACAUUUGCCACCAAUUGUCGAUACGUCCGAAGAGAUGCCAAACUCGUUGACUCUGCACUCAAAUACCGUAUACCUGUCGCCACAGACUCUCACAGAGUAUUCGUCGACCUUUGGUUUAGUGAAAGUUUUGGCUCAUCUCAUGAAACCAGAGCACGAGGGCUCCGAACACUACCCGGUUAUGAUGACACCGGAUGGUGGACUCACUCCACUCAACUCGACCAGAAUCAUCAAUUCGGAGAUAAUCGGCAUUUUGUUAAACCGCGAGAGGUAUACACCUCUGAGUGAACCGAUUGAGUUCACACUGAAACACCUUCACACUGAAAACGUGACGAACGCUAAGUGUGUCUUCUGGGACAUCGACCGCAGAGACUGGUCAGACCAGGGCUGCCAUACUGUCCGCUCCAACCGGACGCACACACAAUGCAAAUGCAAUCAUUUGACUAAUUUUGCCAUUUUGAUGGACGUCAACAACAUCGAGAUCUCAUCUGGAAAUGAGUUUGCAUUGCGUGUCAUAACAGUGAUCGGUUGCACCUCUCAUUCAGCCUGUGGUCUUCACUACUUCUUUUUGGCCUCAUUCUUAUGGAUGUUCUUCGAGGGCUUUCAGCUCUACGUUAUGUUAAUCGAAGUCUUCGAUCACGAGAAGUCACGAAUCAAUUGGUAUUAUCUGUUGUCAUACGGAGUUCCCGCUAUUUUGGUCAUCAUAUCGGCCAUCAUUGACCCCUUGUCUUACGGAACGUCUAAAUACUGUUGGCUUCGAUCCGAUAAUUACUUCAUUUGGGCUUUUGUUGGACCCGUCAUCGCCAUACUUAUCGCUAAUAUAAUAUUCCUCUCCAUCGCAAUGUCCACAAUGUGUCGACACAUUCCGCACAUCACAUCCAAUAAGACCAAAGAACAGACAAAACUGACAAAUAUUAAGAUUUGGAUUCGCGGAUCACUGGCACUGGUAUUCCUGUUGGGCAUCACCUGGACGUUUGGUCUCCUAUACCUGUCGCGAGAAUCCCUAUUCAUGGCCUACUUGUUCACAAUCACCAAUUCAUUGCAGGGAUUAUUCAUAUUUGUGUUCAAUUGUCUCACUAACGAUAAAGUGAAGGCAGAGUACCGGAAGCUGUUCUCCGCACUCAAUCUGAAGCCAAUAUGUCUCGACUCGACGCCUUCCAAGUCUGUCGACACCACCAGAGAACAGAUGCCUUCGUCAUCGCUGUCCGUCGCCGACCACAGGACCAGUCUUUACGUCAAUAACUCGAGCAAUAUAUCGCAUCCAAAGGACUCGUCAGUCAUUAAUGUGUUUCCGGUGACCAAUGCUGUCAAUUGCGAGCCACUCAUUGGCACAUCUGGUUUACCGCCCAAUGGUCUCAACAUGAGUGCACUGAUGGCCAGCACCGGCACUGAGAGCCCGAAAAUGCGUCGAAUGACUCACAAGUAUUACCUGACGGACGACUCCAGCGAUUACGGCUGCAAACGACUGCAACAGAGCCGGUGUCGCGAGAUCUACGCCCUCCACGGCGGGCCCCACUUGGCCUCCCACUCCCCCAACUUCAUUGAACACAUCUACGAGUGCAUCGAUGAGGACCCAUAUGUCGCCAAACUAUUACUGCCAGCCAUUCAACGCUCACUCGACGGACAACACGUCCGCACUCUUAGCGAUUCGUCGCGUCAUUCAGACAAUAGACCAUUGAUUUCGUGUUCAACGUCUUCGCCCAGAAGUCAUAACUUUCAUAUUCAGCAACAAAACACCGGCAAUCAUUUACCGGCGAUAGUGAAGGACAACACCAACAAUAAGACGACAAUAAUCUGUUCCAACCAUUUGUCGACAUCGAGUCAGCCGACUGUCGCCCUAUUGAAUGGCAAUAAUCAAGUGAUUUGUUGUACGCUUAAUGACCACCAGUUGUGUGAUCACAACAAUCAACAGACAAUUAACAGCCAUUUAAGGCAACAGUAUUUAGUGACAAAUGGUUUAAACAAUUUAAAUAACUGUUUGCCGAAGAAUCGACACCUCAGUAGUGACUGUUAGGACCUGUGGCCACAACUGCACCACAAACUCAUGUGUCAAACAUAUAAAGACUAUUGAAAUCUAAUCAAAAACUGUUUGCUAUAUUGGACUCAAUUCCCAGUUAUUGUGAUCUUUUAGUCUUCAUUCGUGCCAUCAAUGAAGACAUCGUUUUGACGGUUAAUGCGAAAAGCGAUUCAAAACUGGAUUUUGAAAAUAAUUUGUGAUAUUUUUAGACAAACUUUUAAAGAAGUGUUUAAUAUUUGAUAUGAAAUCAUAUUAACUAUGAUUUGGUUAAUAAGUAUUCAAACGAACUGCUCAUCGAUUCAUUAAAUUCUCAUUAAUUUUAUAUAAAGUUUUUGUAUACAAACUAUACAAACAUUUAAU